AUGCCCCGUUACCUCGCUCCGCACAAAUCGGGGCCUCAUCGACUAGCAUGUCUCGGGCUCUUCAGGUCUCUCCUCCGCGAGAGCCGGCACGUCGGCACUGCGACAUCCAGCACCAAAAUCGCUGAAACCCUGCGCUCGCUCGUCCGGUACCGCUUCCACAGGGACCGCACGCUCCUCUCUCGGUCUCAGAUCAUCCAUGGUCUCGAGGCGGGCCACGGCUUCCUCGACCUCCUGCGCGGGUGUGCCGCGAAAUCCCCCACCGCGCUCGACCAGCUCAGCCAGCUCCUCGAGCACGUCGCCCUCCAGGCCGAAUCGACGGCCACGUACCGCCGGACGCUUGCCGCGCGGUGGAAACCGCCGCCUCCGAGCCGGUAUGCGCACCUGGAGAAUCUGAGGCGCGUGGCCGACAAGGCGAACCACGCUUCCACGCCGUCGUCGCCGCGGAUCUUCCAACACCCGCGCCCGCUGGGCGAAGUCAAGUCCGGGGUGCGCAAGGUGCCCAACUUGAUCCUUGCCCAAGGGGUCCCCUUGCUCAAGUACCCUGGGCCGACGCCCGUGCUGGUGAAUCGCGUGCUGAAGGAGAAGAUCCGAUGGGGGGUGCGGAAGUGGGAGCAGCACAAGGAUAUACGGCGGCGGAUCCAGAUAGCCGAGUGGGAAGACCAAUGGGACAGUAUCGUCGCGAGGGUAGGCAACAUUGUCGAUGACAACGACGACAAUGGUGCUGGUGCUGGUGGUGGUCCUCUGGUGGAGGGGGCCGAGGGGCAGAGGUCGGCGAAGUCACAUAAUCCCCGGGCGACAAUCCGGUACUAUCAUCCGCCGAUUGAGGGUGCUGGCACCUCGCCUAAGCAACAUCCCGGCUCGGGGUUCAAGCCACGAAUAUCCUGGGCAACACAUCUCCGAGAGGUGGAUCGCGGGCUCGAACUGGCCGUCCUGGAGCGUGGGAAGCAGUACGCCCUGCUGGGAGAGCGGUACUGGCGUGAGGUUGUGGUCAAAGAGAGAGAAUUGAGAGAACAGGAACGCAAGGAGAGAAAGCAUGCAAGACGCAUGGCCAGGAAGCAGGCGAGCGGCAUCUUCGGUACUGAGGGGCAAGUGCCUACACAACAUGACCAGGAUCUACAGCCCAGCAGCGUAUCUUCGGGUUUCAUCUAG